GUCUAUCUCUGACCCAGGGGACUAUGAUACUAGGGCCCCAACUAGACCCGCACACGUACGUGCUCACCGAGUAGAGAAAUCUCAGCUAUCAGAGGAGAAACUGAGAGACAUGCUGGAUGAGCUGUGCCGAAAUAUUGCAGCUGGCAUUGGCUUGUUCCGGGAGGAAAUCAGUGGAGUGUCGACAGGCUUGCAAAACACGGAGAUCACCGCUGCCACCCAUGAGACAAGACUAACGAAGGUAGAACAGCAACUUACGGCACUCCAGAUGGCCCAGACACAAACCAGGGAAAGUAUGGCAUCCCAGGAAGAUAAAAGGCGCUGGAAAAAUUUAAAGUGCCGGAGACUAUAUACCACAUCUGUUCCGCAGACUAUUUAG